GGUUACACAAGCGAGGUAGAAGCAAUGACAUUGUACCAAACAUUAACUAAGUCGGUGUGUCGAGAGGCUAACAUGUUUGUAAUUUAAAUGCUUUGACGUCUCAGUUAGCACAGGCAUUGUCGUCAACAUGUCCUCUACCAGCUCAAGCUUCUCGGACGAGCGGCAGCAGCAGACGGCACAGACGCCCCUGGGGGUGGACUACAUCCCCACAGAGGAGGAGAAGAGGGUCUUGAAAGAGUGCAACCAGGAGAGCUUCUUCUAUAGAUCGGUGCCAUUCUCGGUGGUAAGCAUGGGCGUAACUCAGGCCCUCGUCGCCAGAGGUGUUCUGUCUGCAUCUCCAAGGUUUGGAUCGUUACCUAAAGUGGCCUUUGCUGGUUUCUGUGGCUACCUCGCUGGAAAACUGUCAUACAUGAAGACAUGCCAGGAGAAGUUUAAGAGGCUGGAGAACUCGCCGCUGGGAGAAAUCCUCAGACAGAGGGCAGGAAUGCCCCCCCAAUAUUCUACCCAGUCAGAGCUCAGCGACCCAAACACCCAAACGUUUGACCCCAAUUUUAAUCCCACAGUAGACCACAACUCCAUGUCCAGCAACAGCAAAGAUUACGGAUUUGGCUUUAAUCCUGAGUCAUCCAUGCAAAUGGGAAAAGCAGAUGACUUCAGCGCCCCAGCCCAAUCAUAUAUGGAUGACGAUGAGCCCCAGAGGAAGUCCAUCCUUUACGAAGACCUGCGGCUCAAAAACAGGGAGAACUACGAGGUCACGCUAAUUCAGAAGGCCGACACAAUGCUCAAAGCCACACCACAAAGAGAGCCAGAGAGACCCAAGAAAGAUGCUAAGAAGAAUAUCUACGGAGACGCGUGGGAGGACUGAGACUGUUUAUCAUUUAAGACAUGAUGUGUGCGCCGGUGUAUCUAAUAAGAUGGGACAAACAGGUCUCAGUGAUUGCUUGUCAUAUAGCUUCUGUAGAUUCUAUCUAUGUGAAUAAAACCAAACAGUGUGAUGAAUUCAAUGUUGCUGCCUCGACACUAAUAUGACCAAAGAAUCCCUCAAUUCUGAUUUGAAAAAAAUAAACUCCCUUACCUACUAAAAUAUAAAAUGAGGUUUUAUUCAAUGAAAAACAUUCAGUUUAAAUAUAGAACAGCUGAGAUACAACUGUAUGAGAUCAAUGAAUGCUCAUCUUACUCGUGCCUUGUAUCUUAUGAUGUCUAAGGAAAUAUAGAUACAAAUUGACUGGUCAGCCAGGUAAAAAGAACUGUCUAAAAUUUUAUUUGAAAGAGAAAAAAAAUACUUUUCAAGUUACAAAACAAAUUCAGAUUUUUUAGCAACAUUUAAUGCCCCCUUUGAGUAAGAAUAUGUCUGUUGAAAUCAUCUGCUUGCCAGCAAAGCAGAAUGUGUGUGGGCUGCUUUAAUACCGUGCAAUAAGCACUACUAAGGAACACUAUUUACUUGAGAUGAGCAUAUCUGUUAGCGGAUGUUCUAGUAUAGCAUGUUGUUGUGUGUGCCAACUGGACCAACACAAGAAUCAGUGAUGACUGAUGAAGAAAAAAAGGUUUAAGCUUCCAUACAUUUAAUGAAUAUGGAUUCUUAAGCAGAAACAAGGUAAAAAAUGGCACUAAAAACAUUAUUACAUUUACAACAGCACGUUUUAGACAGUACAAAUGUGACAAAAGGCUGCGAUACAAAAGCCCACGUGUGAGUUAACACAUCGAAACAGAGAGCAGUCUUUUGGGGAGUUUUCCGACAAAUGGCCACGGCUAGUGUUGCAGGCCAUGAUGACUGUGACCGUGGUGGCAGCUGUGGCCAAAGCUCUGGCCUGUGAAGCUUCCGUGUGCGUGGCCCGAGGCGUGAGCCGAGAGAUGACCGUGUGGGCUGUGGCUGUGGGGUGGCACCGAACUGGACAAUGGGCUGGACGGGUUCGGCCAGCCUUCGUAGGUAGCCGCCGCCGCUUUGACGCUGGACGCCGGAGCGUAAGCUUGGACUGGGUAAGACCCAGGUGUGGGGUUGACUUGUGGGAGGAGGGUUUUCCUCCUCUCCUCGGCGGAGGCCGGAAUGAACAGGUCACCACAGGCGCUCUUCAGCAACCUGAACGGGAUCCUCUUCUCCAGAACUCCCGCCCUGGCCUCGGACAGCUCCACCAGCGAGAGCCACCCUCUCCCGAACAUCCACCCGACCAGGAUCCCGAUGACGUUGCAGAGCAUCACGCUGCGGGGGAUGAGGGCGGUGCAGAUCAGGAGGAGCACCCAAGGGAGGGCAAAGGUGGGGAAGCUGACGCCGCACAGAAAAGCUCUGGCCGUCUUCGUGUGCAGGGUCGUCAGAGCCACACAGGCCAGCGUAACAGGAAGCAAGCCUUCCGUGGGUGUCUGCAUGUCCACUUCCUGCAGGAAGUCCAAGAAGCUGUAAAAGAGGCCCGUGGUGGAGGACAGCAGGGGGAAAAGGAAGAUGAACCGCAUCGUGCCGAGGCCUUUCUCCACGCUGCCACACAGAAACAGCACGGCCGUGAUGUUGAGCAGGAGCUGAGCAAAGGUUCUGUGGUAGAACGGAUACACAAAGACCCUGUGGAUGUGCCCACUCUGAAAAACACUCUUACCGAUGCUGAGGAUGCCUUGAGUCAAGUUAAAAUAAGUCUGGAUGCCAAACAGAACACAUGACAGCAGAGUCACUAAGAGAACCCCGCUACUAAGAGCAGGAGUGACCUCUUUGAAAACAUAAAGGAUCUUCUUAAUGUUACUUGUCAGGCUCAUCAUGCGGAAAUAACUUGCAGCGAUCACGGGUGACGAGUCUGAGCACACGGUUAAUAAGUUUUACCAAACGAAGUCAUCUGCCUGCACAUUCCCCGGAACAGGAAGUAUUUUUGCAUCCUCAGUGCUUUGGGCAGAUGGAUACUUUACGGCCGUCCAGUCAAAGCAGCUCUAGGUGGACGUAUAAACGAUUUACGUUCACCAGUGCAAAAAUGUAUGAAAAACUCUUGACUCUGGUUCAAUAGAUUUCUUGAAAGUAACCCGGGAAGUGCGCU